AAGGUUGACCCGGUCUUCCCAAUCGGGUCCUUUUAUCAAAGUAUUUCAUCUACUGAAAGAUUCCACGGUAGUGGUAGUAGUUGAAAGGGCAGCCUCGCUUUACUUUUACACACUUUGACGUACCCAUUGCCGUCGUCGUAAUAAAUUGGGACCAUUGAACUCCUUUCAUUGACUCCUUCUCCUUAUAAACCAUUCAAAACAUUCGAUAUCCUAAGUGGGUUUAUGUCUUAUGAUUGUCGUUGAGCUUCUUCAGUGAAUCAAUGGCGAGCUCCAGUUCACUAACCAUGGUUUUUGCACCGGUUUUCUCCUCCAUCUUACAGUAACUCCGAAGAACUUAGCAGCAACUUGAUCGACUGUGCUCUCUACUUCUCUGAUCAAUCAGGGAUAACCUUUUUUGAAAGAUGGAGAGUAUUGCUCUUGAACUUGUGGAAUAUCGAUCUAUAAGUACAUGGAAAGUGCAUCGUUCUGCAUGCUUGGAAGUUAAAAAAAUUAUGGACCAAAUCGCUGAGAUAUUUACAGCACUUGAGUUAGCUCGACCACGAUGCAAGUCAGGAUUACAACUUUUGUGUUCAUUACAUCAUUACAUGCAAAAAUGCAAGUUGCUUCUUCGACACUGUUCCGAAUCCAGUAAACUUUACUUGGCAAUAAGUGGAGAGGGAAUAAUUUUGAGGUGUGAAAGGAUCCAGAAUUGUUUAGAGUCAUAUUUGAGUCUACUCCAAAACAUGGUGGAACCAACGUUGGCUGCUCAGAUGUCCCAAAUUGUCGAUUACAUCAAAAGCGUCAAAUUUACUUUGGAUUCCUCUGAAGAUGAAGCUGGGAAAGUUUUGCUAUCUUUACUCCAUCGAGACAUAGCAGCAUCAAAAUCCGAUAAUCUUGAAGAGAUCAAAGCUUUCAAAUUUGCAGCUUUUAGGUUACAAAUCACAUCCCCAUUAGCUCUCAUGAUUGAAAAACGAUCCAUAAGAAAGCUACUAACAAAAUCCGAUUCCGACCCUGCAAAAAGAAAAAUCUUGAACUAUUUGUUGUAUCUCGCAAGAAAAUACGGAAAAUUAAUCAAACCAGAAGAAUCGCAAAUACAAAGCGACACUAACAAAAAAACCGAAGAUCCACAAAAUGAUGACCUGGAUGUUUUUGAUUCACAUCAACCACCUGUGAAUUUUAAAAAUCGUAAAUUAAGUACACUUUCAUCUUCUAGCUCAGUGCCCAGUUUCAACAGUUCGUUAGGGGAAUUAAAUCUGCAAGUUGACCAUGUGUGGUUUCGAUCUUCGGAUACAAAUAGUGUGGAUUGUGUUUCGGAUUUUGAGAUUCAAGAAAAAUCUGAGAGAUUUGAUUGUGUUCAGCGUAGUAAUGAUAAUGGGACAAAUUUGUUUAUCCUUGUGAAGCUUUCUGUACUUCCAUGGCAAUCAAGGAGAAAAGCAGUGGAAGAUGUGAAAGACCAGUUGAAAAAUGACCAAAAUGGGUCUCACGGGUUCAUGUCUACAAGUUAUAUAAAACCCGUUUUUAAGUUUUUGAAAGAAGCUCAUAGAUUAAAUGAUUCGGGAGCUAAAAGAAAUGGAGCUGAGUUGCUUUUGAUGUUCUUGAAAGAAUGCAGAAAUGACAUGCCACCUUUACCAAAAGAUGCAAUCUACGACUUGUUUACAUUUCUUGAUUCGGAUUUAGAAAUAACCGAAGAGGCCUUACAAAUAUUAGAAAUCCUCUCUUCCCAAGAUCAUUACAAUUCUGAAAUUGUGGCAUCUAGGAUUCUAACAUUUCUUCAAGAACUUAUAAAAACCCCAAAGAAAAGCAAACACCACAAUGUUGCAUUAAGAGUGCUUUGCAAUCUUUCGAAGCACAACGACUUAGGGAACCACCUUAUAUACCUAGGAUUCAUUGAAGACCUAGUGCCCUUUUUGGAUGAGAUUUUGUUGUCUGGCCUUUGCAUCAAAAUCUUCUGGAACCUUGGCGCCAUUGAUGAAGCAGCUGCUCAUUUUCUUGAAAAUGAUAGAUGUAUCGAGUCGAUUGGGGAGCUUCUUGAAGUUGGAAAGGAAGAAGAACAAGAACAUGCACUUGAUAUUUUGAUCUCUUUGUAUUACCAAAGGGAAGAGUUGCAUGAAAUUUUGAUGCAAAUUGAUGGGAUUAUUUCAUCGUUGGCACACAUUUCGAAAAAUGGGAGUUGUCAGGGGAAGUUGAUUGCAGUUGAGUUAUUGCGGUUAUUGAAUAAUGUUCCGGAUGAUAAUUCAUUAGCAUGUAGCUUUAGUGAUACAUCUCAAAGCACAAAUGGGAAUUUGAAGCAAGGUAUAGAUUCAUCACAACCAACAAGUGGCGACCUAAAACCGAAGAAGUCGUGUUCUGAGUUGGGGUUGUUUAGAAAAUUAAAAGCAAAAUUUAGAAAGUUAGUUAGGUAGAAGAUUACUUGUGUGUUAAAUAUUAGACAUUUUUGUAGGAGUGUACAUGCUAUAUUAUUUUGUUGGAAAUGGUUUUGUAAUCAAUUAGAGAUUACUUCUAUACUUAGUUUUCUAGGUAGUCAAUAUUUAGCUAUCAUGUAUUGCAAUUGUGGUAAUGGUUGAUGAGUAAGAAAUAAUGGAAAAGAAUUCUCCAAAACCUUUCUUGA